AUUUAAAACCAGGAAGUAAUUUGCGAUUGAGAGUAAUAACCAAAAGUAUGAAAUGAAAGGAGAAAUAAACGUAGGCACCAGUCAGCUCAAAUACAGACGAUAAACAGGAGUACCGAUAACAGAAUGAGCGACGAAAGUCUAAUAAAUAUAGAAGAAGACCCAGGCCCGCAACCGAAGAGGAGGAAAAUAGACAUUCAGAAUGUGCCUAUACGAUUGGUUUUGGGUGAACCUUUUCGAAGAUUUUGGAAAUGCCUGAUGUCGACAUUUCCCUUCAGGACAUUAGGAAGAUGUUUAUUACGUUGCUGUAAAUGUGUUUUACGCAUUUUUGGCUUUUCAAGUUGGAUGAGGAAAAGAACACAAUCAACGGACAGCGAAAAUGAUGAUCUUCUAGAUCCCUCAGAAGAAGAGAAACAAAGGCUAGUAAACGAGAUACGAAGUCUGCAGUCACAACUGAAUGAUUUAGACAGGAAAAAUAAUGAACUUCUAAACAGCCACCAGGAAGAAACAAGAAGAAACCAAGGAGAAAUAGAACAUUUUAAACAAUUGAAUAGAAAUAGUGAAUUUAGGAUUGCUGAAUUAAUGCGAGAAAAAGAUGAACUGAUAAAGGCAAAAGACGAGGCACUUUCAAGGUUAAGUGAGAUGAUGGGAGUAAAACUGAGAGAGAAUAAUCCUGCCAUUACUGACUUAAAUGAUCCAAAUCGUCCAAUGAAACUUGGAGAACAGUUUAAUGAGCUCUAUGAAAAUGAAUGGACGGAAGCAUUUCUAGAUCUACAAGAUUUGAAAACUGAUGACACUUCCAUUGAUGAAGAAUAUGCUGUCACAAUUUUACUUGAUAUAUUAAUGGAGAUAAACAAGAAAAGUAUUGCAGAAUCGACACUUCAAUUAUCAGGCUUGCUACAAUCAGUUCAGGGUCUUCCUCCAGAUGACACCUCAGAUUUUAUCAAAUCAAUCAAGGAUGCGUAUAAAGCUAAUUCCUGGAAAUAUGUUCCCUUGAUACAAAAGAAAAUUACUGAAGACGUUUCACACUGCCCAACAGUAGUAAAGUAUGUUAAAUGCUGUGAGUCGUAUAUAGAAAACUGUGCAAAGAUUUGCUACCUAGCUGCUGUACAAGAUCCUCCGAUGUUCUUUCAAUUUAAACCAGAAGAUGUGUACGAUAAACAGGUGUUCAAAGAGUACACAACAAUGGGACGCAGAGUAAAAUUUUUGGUGUGGCCUGCUUUAUUUCUGCAUAAAGAUGGUCCUCUUCUUUCAAAAGGGGUUGUGCAACCUUUACCAGAUGUUGAAUGAACCUUUAUCCUACAAGUUACUUGAUGACAACGAUGUAUAUAUUAUACCUGGAACCAUUUUAUAUAUAUGUUUUCAUUCCAUAUUGCACGUAGUCUGUCAUAAAUGCGCGUAUGACACAUACUUGCAUAUCAGUAAUAAUUCACAUUAUUAGUCAGUUAAAUUUAAUAAAAGUUUUAGUUUUAAA